AUGUCCGCAAUAUGUCAACAUAAAGGGUUCGGCCUGAUAUUAGAUUCAGUCGCGGGCACUGAGUGGAGCGCGCACGCGUGUGCACAUCUUGCUUAUUACCGACAUCAAAGUACUGCAAUGAAGUUUACGAUUGACGACCUUCCUAUUGUAUUUCCUUAUGACCGAAUAUACCCUGAACAAUACGCGUACAUGUGUGAUCUCAAACGAACUCUGGAUGCUACUGGCCACUGCGUGUUGGAGAUGCCUUCCGGAACAGGAAAAACCGUGUCUCUACUAUCUCUUAUUGUAUCCUACCAACAAUUCUACGCCACCCGACGAAAGCUCGUAUAUUGCUCACGAACGGUACCAGAAAUAGAGAAAGCACUGGCAGAAUUGAAACGGCUAAUGGAAUAUCGUAUAUCGUGCGCCGAGACCGAAGAAGAGAAGGAAAAAGAGCGAUCGUUUACGGGACUUGGACUUACUAGUAGGAAAAACCUAUGUAUACAUCCAGAGGUAUCCAAGGAAAAGAAAGGCAAAAUUGUCGAUGCGCGUUGUCGCGACCUUACCAAUUCUGCUACUUGUGAAAAGGGUAGAGCAGAUCCAGGAUCCGUUGAUCUUUGUGAUUGGCAUGAGAAUCUGGGAAAACUCGAAGCAGGCCGUUUGGUACCCCCUGGGAUAUGGACGCUUGCGGAUCUCCUUCAACAUGGACGGGAUGAGGGUACAUGUCCCUAUUUUACUGUCCGAAGAAUGUUGCCGUUUGUCGAUGUUGUCAUUUACUCGUUCCAUUAUCUGUUGGAUCCCAAAGUGGCAGAACAAGUUUCGAAGGAAAUGUCCAAAGAUGCCAUCGUGGUAUUCGACGAGGCGCAUAACAUAGAUAACGUCUGUAUUGAGUCGUUGAGUAUCGACCUUACCAGGCCAAUGCUGGACUCUGCCGCGCGCAGCAUCACGAAACUGAACGACAAGAUUGACGAGAUGAAAGCAACUGAUGCUGCCAAAUUGCAAGACGAGUAUUCUAAACUUGUCGAGGGGCUGCAGGAGAGCUCAAAUGCGCCUGAGGAUUUCGAUGGUUUCAUGACUGCACCUGUGCUGCCCGAGGACCUAUUAAGUGAAGCCAUACCGGGGAAUAUCAGGAAAGCCGAACAUUUUGUGGCAUUCCUAAAAAGAUUCGUGGAGUACCUCAAGACACGAAUGCGUGUUCUGCAUGUCGUAGCGGAGACCCCACUCUCAUUUCUUCAGCACCUCAAGGACAUCACAUAUAUCGAGAGACGUCCUCUGAGAUUCUGCGCCGAGCGUUUACAAUCCCUAAUCCGGACAUUAGAGCUCAAUCGUCUUGAUGAGCAUUCCUCACUACAAAAAGUUGCCAGCUUCGCGACUCUUGUUUCCACAUACGAGAAAGGCUUUCUGCUGAUACUGGAGCCUUUUGAGACUGACAACUCGACGGUACCGAAUCCUAUCUUCCAUUUCACUUGUUUAGAUCCAUCGCUGGCUAUCAAGCCGGUUUUUGAGCGAUUCAGCAGCGUAGUCAUCACGUCUGGGACAAUAUCACCGUUGGACAUGUACCCGAAAAUGUUGCAAUUCUCCCCAGUAGUCCAAGAAACAUAUCCCAUGACACUUACCCGGAACUCAUUUCUCCCAUUGGUGAUCACCCGAGGAAGCGAUCAGGUUGCUAUUAGUUCACGAUUCGAAGUCAGGAACGACCCAGCCGUGGUUCGCAAUUUCGGAAGUAUUCUCAUUGAAUACAGUAAGAUUGUACCCGAUGGCAUCGUUGCAUUCUUUCCGAGCUAUCUCUACAUGGAAUCGAUCGUUGCAGCGUGGAAUGAUAUGGGAAUAUUGAACGAAGUUUGGAAGAACAAACUAAUUUUCGUCGAGACCCCAGAUGCCAAUGAAACCAGCAUUGCGCUAGAAAAUUACAGGAGGGCUUGCGAUAAUGGGCGUGGCGCUGUGUUGCUGUCGGUGGCUAGAGGCAAAGUUUCUGAAGGAAUUGAUUUUGAUCACAAUUAUGGAAGGGCUGUCAUUAUGUUCGGUGUCCCUUAUCAAUAUACAGAGAGCCGGAUUCUGAAAGCUCGCCUCGAAUAUCUUCGUGAUGCAUACCGGAUACGUGAAUCCGAGUUUCUUGGCUUUGAUGCCAUGCGUAAUGCAGCGCAGUGUGUGGGACGCGUCCUACGGGGUAAGACAGAUUGGGGACUCAUGGUUUUCGCAGACAAGCGGUUCGCCCGUGCAGAUAAGAGAGCAAAGUUACCCAGGUGGAUCAACCAAUACAUUACUGAGACGGCUUCCAAUCUCUCUACGGAUAUGGCUCUGACGCUGUCAAAACUGUUCAUGCGGACAAUUUCUCAGAAUCCAAACGAGAACCAGACCGGAGUUUCGCUGUGGACCUUGGAUGACAUCUUGAAGGCUCAGGCGAAACAGCAAGCCAUGUCACAGAUGGAGACAGUACCCGAAGAAGAGAAUGAAUAUGGAGAUGGGGGUAUCAGCGACCAUAUGUUGGCAGAACUUGAUAUGCAGGAGUGA